AUGGCAUCCGCAUCAGAACAGCUGGUUCCCUUCAACGAUGCGACCCAAGUAACAAAAGUAGACUCAAAUGUCUACCUCGCCAAUCUUGCAUCUGCCUGGUGCAUAGGCUCAGUACCCAACGGCGGCUACGUCGCCUCCGUCAUCCUCCGCGCCGCGUCCCUCCACCUCGCCGCGCGCGGCCAGCCGGACACCAUCUCGGCUCACUUCGAGUACCCAAACCGCACGGAGGUCGGGCCGGCCAUCCUCAUCGUCGAAGAGGUAAAACUCGGCCGCAACCUGUCAACGGUGCACAUCACCCUCUACCAGCACGAGCUCCUGCAGUCCGCGCCGUGGUUCAGCGCCAAGUCACGCAGAAAUGUCCUCGCCUACCUCACCAACGCGCGCAUCAGCCUCGAAAAGGGCCUCUCCCUCGACAGCGGGUGGACGAUGGCGCCCCCGCUGAAGCCGGUGGACUUCGCCGCGCUCGGCCUGGACAAGGACCCCCACUGGUUCCGCCGUGACAAGAUGACGGCCCGCGCCGUGUCGUUCGCCCGCGCGCACAACAACCUCGAGCACUACGUCCCGCGCGAGGGUGUGCGCCGCGGCAUGGCGGACAUGUGGCUGCGCUUCAAGGCCGGGCAACGGUUCACGAACGCGUCGCUGGGCUACAUUGCCGAUGCGUAUCCGACCAUCGUCGAGGCGUGGCGGCCACGGCGCGGCGAGCAACAGACGCCGUUCCGGUCGGAUGAGAUGUUUUGGUAUCCCACGCUGUCGCUGAAUCUCGACGUGAAGAGGGCGCUGCCAGAAUACGGCGUCGAGUGGCUGUUUAUCAGGUGUUUAGCGAAGGUCAUUCAGAACGGAAGACUAGACCUAGAGGUGAUCAUCCUAGAUCAGGACCAGAACGUGGUGGCUUUGAGUAAUCACGUCAAUAUGGUCUUGUCGGCUGAGCGAAAUCUCAUGGACCGGAGUCACUCGAAGGAGAAGUUGUAG